AUGCUGCAGUGUGUGCUCCUGGUUGCGUGGUUUUUGUUGUUGUGGCGAUUUCCUGGUUGCUCCUUCAGCGCCGCCAAGCAAGGGCCGUUGCGGCUGCUUCGGGAGAAGGCAGGCUUGGAGUUGCGCACAAAGGUCAACAACCCGAAUAUGACAUACAGCGAUGAGGCCAGAGUGUUGCUUGGACAAAUCGCUGAUGCACGCGAACGAGGAGAUUGGCACAAAGUGCGUUGCAUUUUCCGCAGCUACAGCGGCAAGGAACUGCCAGUCUUUCACGCAGUGCUUCAUGCAGCCUACAACUGUGGCCAGUUCAGGGAAGCAGCCGUGAUUUAUGACGAACUUCACAGUUUGAAGAUCACCUUGGACGCAGCUGCUUUCGCCACAGGCAUCAAGAUUUUUGCGAAGCUGGAGGACCCAGUUCGCGUUCGCGAAAUCUGGGCUAAUGCUACGAGGUCGUGCGCCCUGGAUGAGCUUCUUGCAGCAGCACGAAUUGAUGCUGCGGCAGCCGAAGGCGAUAUACGGACAGCUGCAGAAGUUUUGGACCUGAUGAACCGCACUGGUGUCCAGAUCAACAUUGCUCAUAUCACCUCCGCGAUACGUGCUUGCUGGGAGGCUCCUGGUUCCGGACAUAACGCCGCCGAGUAUCUCUUCAACCUUUUGCUGGAGAGGGGUCUGCAACCGAAUGUUGUCAUGUUCACAAGCCUCAUGGGAGCCUACAGCAGCGCUCCCUUGUCACAGGUGCUGGCGGCGCGUGCGAAGAUGAGGAUGCUUCAGGUCCAAGCUAACAAGGCCUUUGUGGAGGUGUAUUUAAACACUCUGCUUCAGAUCACCAAGGAAGAGUGGAAAGAUCUUCGCUCGGUUCAGGAGAUGUCCACUAGGCUAGCGCACAGGUCGCCGGAGCGGCUUGCAGCCGCACGCGCUGCCCUGGCAGAUUUCCGACGUGAACACGUGACCAUGACAACACUUUCUGACAAGAUUGAGCGCGCAAUGAAGAUGGUUGGAACUGACUGA